ACGUAUAUAUGGUACAGGCGCUAGUUCUGUUAAAAAUAACAGAAUGACAUACAAGCUGCAUUAAAAUAUUUGGGGAGUAAGCCCAUUGUGAAAAUAUGUUCUUGAACAUAUCCUCCCUAUUCUUAUCUGAGUUAUGAUGCAAUAUUGUUAGCGCGAUAGUUUGUAAGAAUUUACGCAUGUAAUUUUUGUAAUUUUAGUGUAGGUAACACUUUUGUGCGAAAACCGCCGAAAGGAUUUUGAUGCAAGGCUGAUAUUGGGUAGUAAUGGAGCUUAUAUAAUAGAAUAAAACAAAGCGGAAUAGACUACGUGGGAAACCGCGCGGCACAGCUAUUUAUUGCUUAUUUUAUUACAUAAACUUUGUGUAUAACAACCAACACAUGAUCAAUUGUUUUUAAAACACUGUAAUUUAAUCGCAAAUUUUCAAGAAAAGUUGGAUUUCCAGUUCUUAGAAUAUACUGUAGACAAAACUUUUUUAAUAUUAGUUAAUGACAGUUUAAUGGCAAGAGUGACCGUUCAAAUGUCAAAUUAAUAUUUAUCAGAUCAAGACAUUGACAUUUGACAAGCCAUCAAUGUCAUAGCCAUGUGGGAAUGUGUUGUUGACUGUUGUAAAUGUGCAUAAACAUAAUUUCCACCCAGCAAAAGAAUUGAAUGGAAUUGACUGUUGUAAAACAUCGAUUAUUGCACAUACUCAUAUAUUUUUUAAUUUAACACACAUUUAGAUAAAUUUCUAAUUAGUUCCUGCAUAUUAUUGUAAAACGCUAACCUAUCAGAAAUGGAUUCCAAAGAUUUUGAUGCCACUUUAGGAGGCACGGAGCACUUACCGCAUACAGCGAAUAGUUUUAAAUUUGCUUCAUCGAGGAGCGUUGAAAUAGCAGCAAUGACUGAAAGUAUACUUCGACCCGCUAAAUCUAAGUUGAUUUUUCAAGCAUUGCCUGUACAUAUGCGACGUCGAGUUAUGAGCCACAACUGCAAAAGAUUGCCAAGAAGAUUACGAGAGGGUCAUUUGGAGCAAUUGAAAAGGAGCGGCUUACCCCCAAAACAAAAAAGGCCAUCAAGGAAGUAUAGACGCCGACCAGCCAAUCUAUUGGAAGAGUACACCAGGAGACAGAGAAGAAUUGCGUGGCUAGAAACACACAUUUGGCAUGCAAAAAGGUUUCACAUGGUGGAGAGAUGGGGGUACCGAUUAGCACAUAGGCCAUGUGACAAAGCAUUUAGAGCAUGCUAUAGAGCAUCUUCAGCGCACUGUCUCUUACGGGAUAUUUCAUACUAUAUCCCUAUACAAGUUAAAGGACCUGUUGCAGAUAUUCAACAAAUGUUUAAUAGUAUUACAAAUAAAUCUUGUGGGUUAAGUAUAUCUGCUAAAGCUUACAUAUCUGGUCAUAGAUCAGGCUGUGUUAAUAUUUUUAAUCCACAUUCAUACCCAUAUGACUUUAUUGGAAAAGUUGAAUUUGUAUGGGUGCAAGCUAAGUCACAGCCUUUUCUUAUAUUAUUUGUUCAUCCAUCACAAGUAAAAGAAAUUGAGUCUAUUUUAACUAACAUUAUUACAGACUCAUGUGCAUUUGUUGCCAAAAACAAUGAUAAUAAACGGAUAAAGUUAACAAAUGAACCGUUGAAUGUGAAAAUAAAUUUAAUGUAUGGACUUUUUAAUAGAUUUCGAUUAACCGGACCUAAAAGUCAUGCCAUUUUAACACAUUCACUGAAAUGUGUGACAGAUAUAAAAAAUAUUGACUCUAAUGAAUGGGUAGCUGAAGCUAAAAAAAGUAAUGUUAACUUAGAUAUAGAAAACAAGUCUAAUUACUGGUCUAGUAUAAAUAAUUUAUUCUCACCGGCUCAAUUGCCGCCGAGGAUGGUUAUAGGUUUGAUUGUUAAAGAUCCUAGAUGGAGUCGUCCAAAUAAACGUACCAAAGCCCAGAUAUUGGAGCCAGACACAACUCAUAAUAAUUUAACACAUAUACCAUCAUAUGCCUCCUCAUCUCCUAUAUGGGAUGAAAGUAUUAGCAAUAUAGUUAAAAACAAUGCUGUAUCAAAUACUAAAUUUAUUGAACAUGUAACAAUGACAGAAAUUGUACCUGGGGAGGUGAACGAAGAUGACCCAGCUUUACAGAGUAUUCCUGUUGUCAUAAUACAACAGCCUGGUUCACAAAAUCCAGAAUCUAAAAAAGUUGGCUAUGGAAGUGGAUGGGAUAUAUUAGUACCGUCGCGUUAUGGUAUUCCCUUCUGGCUAACAUUUGUCAUGUUUGGUGCGAGAACAGGAGGGCUCAGAGAAACAGAAAAUCUAGCACACGAAAUGGGUGAAUGCUAUUUCUCACCAGAUUCUAAUGCUGGUAGAAUUGAAGAAAAGAGGAUUGAAAUCCAACUAAAAGAACAUUAUUUCCGACGUCCACCUAGUAAAAGAGUAAAUUAUAUCAAAUUAGGCAUAUCAAACCCAUUCAUAUGUCCCUGGAAUAUUUUAUUAAAAGAUUGGAGUAACAAUGAUGUCAAUAAGUUAUUUGUAUUAAGAGACAAAGUUAUUUUAAAUGAACUACAGGAAUCCUUCACAAAAAAAAAGCAGAUACUCAAUACACACCCUAUAAAUACUGAUUCCUGCUUGAUUGCUGUUUACUUGAAAAUUGAUGGUAAAGGAGUUAUGAGAGAUCAUGCAUUAAUAUGUAUGCCAAAUGUAGGUGAUAUAACAUCAAAAAUAAUUAUUUGUGAACCUCAGCAUGAAGACACAAACACUGAAAAAAGGAAAGAAAAACGAAAAGAGAAUAAGAAAUUAUUGAAACAGUUAAGAAGAAAGAGACAAAAACUUAAAAAAUCAUCUAAAGAUCUUCCUGAAAAGAAACAAAAAAUACAGCACAGUGAACCAUCAGAAUAUGUUAAAAGCAUGAGAGAAUUAUGGGUCCCAUCUAAUGUAAAUAGUGUUAGAAAUGCAUGUAUCAGACAAACAAUGGGCUAUGUCACUAAAGGCGCAUUUAGUUUCACUGAAGCGAAGAGCUGUGCUGUUGGAUAUAUAGCAUGUAAUGCACUGAUGGAACUGUUAGAAAAGAAAAUAAAUAAAGUUCUUAUAAGAAAUCCAACAUCAAGGAAAUAUAGAGUGGCGAGUAUCCAGAUAAUUACCAAUUCAUAAUUUAUUUUGUUGUUCCUACACAAUAUAAGAAACUCUACUUGACUCUACAAUGUUUAAAAAAUUUGGAAGAAAAGUCGGAACUUUUUAGGGUGUAACCCUAACACAGUGAAUAGAAAUUUGCAAUUUUAAUUGUUAAGAAAUAAAAAUUAUAUUCACUAA